AAAGCAGAUAUUGUGGAUUAUCUGCCUUGACAUUCUGGGUAAGAUACAUAUAUUGUGAGAACUGGAAAAUAAACAGAGGCAUCAAUUCUAAAAUCUGGAAAACAAUACUCAGGCCAACCAGAAGGGGCGCCAAAAACACACAAAAUAGGCCACGCCCUUGAGCGGGAUCCCACCAAUCAGAAAGGAGAUCCUGAUCCCGGAAGUGUGAGGCAACAGGAAGAGGGAGCCUAGGAGUUUCGAAGGACGACGUAGGGAACCAACCGCGAGGAUGAACAUCCUCCCCAAAAAGUCAUGGCACGUGCGGAACAAGGACAACGUGGCCCGCGUGCGGCGGGACGAAGCCGAGGCCGAGGAGCAGCGGCGGAAGAAAGAGGCCCGAGUCCUGCUCGCGGAACAAGAGGCUCGGACUGAAUUCCUGCGCAAGAAAGCACGCCUCUCAGCCCCAGAAAGUCAUGACAAAGACUCAGAGCUGGUCCCUUUAAGCUUGGAAACACCCACAGGUCAUCUCAACCUGUUUCAGGAGUUGCAGGAGAGUGGCAACAAAGAAUAUGAGGAAGAGAAGAAGAAAGAAAAGGAGCGACAGGAAAAAGCUCUGGGGAUCCUCACUUACUUGGGCCAGAGUGCAGCGGAGGCCCAGACCAAUCGUCCUUGGUAUCAGGAGGCACCAGAACGUGACAAAGCUGUUGUCAAGGAUGAGAAGCUGAAAGGAAAGCUGGACCCUCUUUUGGAGAUGGAAAGGCACUUGCGGAAGAAGAAAAGCUCCCACAAGAAAGAAGGGAAGAAAGAAAAAGAGGAACGCAGGGGUAAAGAGAAAGGAAAUCUGACAGUCAGGCCUACAUCUUCAUCUACAUCAUCCCCUUUGGAGCAGCUUCGCCAGGAACGGUUGCGUCGUGAGAAGGCAGAGCGAGCGCGUGCCGAGUCUCUUUUGGGCCAGAGAGCAGGAACGCUCCAGCCCCAGGAAGCAGAAGAGGAGUUGGAUGACAGGAAACGUGGUUACAACUCCCAAUUCCACCCUCAGCUGGCAAGGAAGAGGGUCUGGGAACCACAGUGAGGUGGUCUGCCCCAAUUGUUAUUAGUAAGAUGACUGCAAAGCAGUUUGUUGAGGAAAAGCUGCAUUUUCCCUUCUUAUAGGUCAUAGUAUGAAGAAAAGUGGAAACAUGAAAUCACUUUUUUCUUCAGGAUGACCUUUGGUGCUGGCUCUUGCAAUAUAACACAUGGACACAUCAUCUGCAGAAAAAAAGACUGGUGGGAUUUCUCACCUUAUCAACACUAUAGAAAUGUAGUUUUAAUGUGAAUCUUUUAGAAAAACACACAUAUUUGUUGAUUUUUUGCAGUGUUUGUGUUGUAACCCACCUCAAGUCGCAGGGAGAGGCAGAUAAGAUCAUUACUGUUAUAAUAAUUAUUACAUGUCAGGGAUGAUCUGCUCAGAGUUCAAUAAACCUAUUUUAUUGUUCCUUUGUUGGCAUUUCAACUAUGGGUCCCAAAUAGCUGACAAAUAUAAUAGGUGCAUUUGCAAAUACUUGCAUAGUUAAUGGUUUUGAAUUUGAUCAUACAGAUGAAACUCCCACCUAAGGAUUCCACCAUUUACCAGGUCUUCAGCAUUUGUUAGGAUCAGAUCCAGAAUAGCUGAUCACCUUGUUGCUUCUUCCACCUUCUGGACAGUAACAUUUUUGGAAGGCAAGUGAGGAAUUUGUUGGGACUUUGUACACUUGGCAGAGUUUGUUUUCCAAUACACAUCAGAAUAGUUGAAAUCUCCCAUUACCACCAUAUAUCUGUUUGCUCAUAUGUUCAAGGAAGUCUUCAUCCAGAUCCUCAGUUUGGCUUGGAGGUCUAUAGUAGACCCCCACAACAUCUUUUUCAGUUUUUGCUCCUUUACUUCUUAUCCAGAUGCUCUUAACCUGUCAGGAUUGAAGUCCUGCAUUUCUUCACAGGUGUAAACAUCCUUAACAUAUAAUGCUACCCCAUCCCGUCUCCUAUUUGGUCUAUUUCCCUGAAAUAAGUUAUACCCCUCCAUUACUACAUUCUAAUUAUAGGAUUCAUCCCACCAAGUUUCAGUGAUGCCUAUUACAUCAUAACUGUUUUGUUGUGCUAAGAAUCCCAUUCAUCUUGUUUAAUUCCCCUUAGCUGGUUAUUUGAGAUUACUGUCCCCUCACUGCUUGGUACUUGUUCUGUUUGUCCAACUCUCUCUUGGACCUUACGGCUUUGUUUGCUUUUUUUUUUUUUUUAAGACCAAAUUGUUCAAAUAAAAAUCCUUUCUAAAUUUCCCAUUAUCUGGAGUUCCAGCAGUGGGAUAUUUAGGGCUUGUAUCUUUCAAAGAGGGCAGACAAAUUUCUAGAAUUCAUCAAAAAAUUAAAUAAUGACCAGGGAGUUUGGUGUGGCCAAAUGGCAUUUCUUUCCUAUUUUUUUGAGCCUGCUAGAUUACUCUGCUUUAAAAAUAGGGCAGCCAUAUACAAUGUACUUUUUUAAUAUGAGUAUAAAUUUUUCCUUUAUACUCUUUAAACUAAGUUGGAAAUUCUUCAUUCACUGGAGUUUAACAAGUGAAUACAUCAAGCAGUGUGUUUGGAUAGAAGGGUAAGGCUGACUGGGAACCCAUUAAAAAGCCUAUCUUACCCUGUAUUUUAAAAAAUAGAUUACUAGCUUGUAUGCAUAUUUGGAAGGGGAAAAACAAUGCCAGUCAAUGGCUCCACUGGCUCCUACUCAAGCAGAAGUAGGAUGCCAGCACUUUUAUGCUGAUGCAUGCAUGCUUUAUAUGUCAAGAUGGGAUGAAACAUUGUUUUUUUAAAUAACCCUGUACAAUUGAGAAAUGUAGCCUUGAGAUAUAUGGUACUGUUUGCUUUAUCAAAUCAUCCUGAGUCGCAGCCUUUAACUUCACAGAUGUACAAAUAAAAAUCAAGAUACAA